CAGAGCAUCAGUGAGCGGCUGUGGCGGAGCUGGUACCGAGAGAUCGAGAAGAACCAGUCGCCGUUCGUGCUGACGUCCUGCUCCAAGUUCUACUCGAGUCUCGUCGACCAGCUGCAGGCCUCGCUGCGCCGACCGAACCGCCUGCCGGAGCAUUUGGACGGACUGAAGCACUCGUUGCAAUUGGCGCUAGUGGCGCUGGGUGAUGUCGCUCGGUACCAACAGAACCGACUUCAGAAAGGUGAGAGUCGGGAUUGGUCUGCGGCGAGGGCAUACUACCAGCGCGCGCUGGAAGUGGCCCCGUCGAGCGGCAAAGUGUACAACCAAAUGGGCCUGCUGGCAGUUCUUGAGGGGAAGCUGGUCGAUGGAGCUUACCUGUACGCGCGCAGCCUCGUGUGUGAGAGCCCCUUCGGUAACAGCAGCAACCUGCUCCACGUAUUGCAACGCGGGAGGACCGCGGACAAGCAGCUGCAGGCCCAGCAACAAGUGUCGGGAUCUCCGAGUUGCGAGGCGAUGGAGGCGUACUCUGCGCGUGUGCUUUCGUGCUUGCGCAUGCUACUGACAGGGAAAGAUUCCAAGUCGGACUGGGGUGAAGCCUUGAAGCGUUCGCUGGCUGCACUCGGCCACCUCCUGGAUGUCUGCGACCAACAGGACGAGUCGAUGCCGAUCGACGGCUCUCUUCUCGAGAAACUGUCGUCAUUGCUAACACACGCUGUCUGCUUGACAAUCGUACUCACUCACAGCACCCAACAUGUUAUUGAGGAGAAAUUGAGUCGCGAGUCGUUCGACGAGGCUUUCAAAGCUGGGGCAGGAAGCGAGCGUACACAAAAAGCUCUUGAAGCCGGUAACGUGAUGGUGUCAUGUGUGCUUUUGAAGCUAGUUGCCUUGCUGUCUGCGUCGGCGGAAUCCACUCGCACCAAGUACUUUGCGAAUGCUCUGUUGCCAGCAGUGAACGUUUACCUGGACUGGCUGCAAUUGCACCAAAAGCUUCUGCUCAAGUUGAAUCCGGGUGCUGCGGCCUUGCAAGAGCAUUGUAUCGCCCUAUUUCACACCUUGUCCGCUAAUGGGUUCAUCGAGCGCGGUCUAUGCUGUGCGAGGAAGUGGGACGAUGACCUGUCGAGCGCCGUGUUGCCCGAGGAUCGUGAGAUGAAUGGGUUUCUGCCGUACGAAAAGGCCCUCCUGGCCCGCUUUCCUGAAGAGCUGACACCAGAAAAGAAUUCCUCUCGACAGCUGACGGAAGAAGAACGUUUGGUGCUGCGUGCGACGCGAUUUAUGACGCUAAGUGAGAGAUUUGUGUUUUCGGGAAAGCCACCAACGCCAAUUUCUUGUAUGGAGUCGGGUUCGUCAAAAAUCACCCAACUGGCCUCAAGUGGUGCAAUCGCAACCACGAUUGUGGACCCAUUCGCGAUUGAUCCUGUUCUCAACGGGCGGCUUUGCGUCCUGUGCAGUAAUACGAGCACUUUUGCAGAGGGCGUGUGCGAGUUUUGUGGCUACGAAGAUGAGGACUGCGAUGUGGACACUGUGUCUGACGACGGAGGAGACAGCUUGAAUCACCCUUCUUGGAUUCAGCAGUACGAUCUUGCUUACAACAAUAACAACUCGAGUCCUGGAACAAGCCCUGCCUCGCCACAAUCACCACCUGUACGUCGAGGCAGCUCCACGUCUUCGUCUUCGCCGCAGUCGACGCCCCCGAUGUCACCGCCCGGAAAGCUUGAGAUUGACUUCAAAACGAUCAUGGCUAUUGGUGCUGACAACGACGACUUUCAAGAUGGCUUGACUGCAAGCAAGGAUCAACGCCGGUUGAUUGUUGUCGACGCCCCUAAUGUUGCCAUGAGGCACGGCAAGGGCAAAGUUUUCUCGUGUGCUGGAAUUGAACUCGCAGUGAACUACUUCCAAGCGCUGGGGCACCGCGUCGUUGCCUUUAUCCCAGACUACAUGCUUCAGUCCGAUGACGAGCGUGCCGAGCGCGAGGAACAGGGGGAGGUCCUCACAGCCGCAAAAAUCCCUGACGACGUCGCGCUUCUUGAGCGCUUGGUGCACAAGGGCGUGUUGAUUCCCACUCCUCCGCAGGACUACGACGACUCGUACUCCAUCCAGUACGCGGGUCUGCACGACGGAUACGUCGUUACGAACGACUUGUUCCGGGACCACAUCGUUAACAUGGUGGGUCCGCGUGAGCGCAAGGUGGCCAUGCGAGCGUGGCUGCGAGCUCACCAGAUCUCGUACUCGUGGGUGCGGAACGAGUUCCUGCCGAACCCGAACUUCAGGUGCGAGGUGGCAUGUACGUAA